GGCGCCGGCACGCUUUCGCCCCCUGGCGGCGGGUUUUUGCACCGCGCCCGCGCGCGGCGGCUCUGCGGGUUGCUGCGGGCCCGGUAUGGGGCCUCCGAGCCGCGAGGCCUGGGCCCAGCGCCUGGCCGCCUUCCGCGCCAGCCCGUCCGCCUUCCUGGCGGGCCCCGACGGCGAGGACCUGGGCCGGGACCUGCUGAGCGCCCUGAGGAGUGACAAGCUGGGCGAGCCCGCCAAGGCGUCCCUGCUGGCCCUGAGCCUGGAGUUCCCCGCCGAGCUGUGGCCCGACGCCCCUGCGGCAGAGGCGGCCGCCACCCGCCUGCUGGACACCCUCGUCCUCCUGCCCCCGCGGCCCUGCCCGCUGCGGCGGCCCCUGCUGCUGGCGAUCACCACCGUCCUGGUGGCCGGAGGCGCGCUGGGCCCCACCUCGGGCGCCUCGGGCCGGCUCCUGCCGCUGCUGCUGGGCCUGGCCGCCGGCCGGGAGCUGGGCCGAGGCUUGGGCCCCUCCUCGGAGCAGCGUCUCUUGCAGGCCACGGCGUGCGAGUGCCUGCGGGAGCUGGAGACUUGCUGGCCCGGGCUGCUGGGUGGCCACCUGGGGUCCCUGCGGUGCCUCGAGGGCCCCGUGCAGCCCAUCAGCCUGCUGCUGGCUCUCGCGCUGCGCAAUGCUUUGACCAUCCAAGCUAAGGCUGGGCUGCAGGGCCUACUCGUGGCAGCGGAUCUUCCCACCCAGGGCGGCCCCUGGGACUGGACCUUGGCAGAGGCAGGGGGUGGCCGUCUGCUGCCCCAAGCCCCCAGCUGGCCAUCCGCAGAGGCUGGGGAGUGUGGCCUGGCAGCACUGGCGCCCAGCCCGGAGGAGGCCCGGGAGCUGCGGGCUGCUGUCACCCAGCUCCUAGACACCUCCUAUCUGCUGACCCCUGCUGCCCAGGCCCAGCUCCUGUGGCUGCUGGCCUGGGCCCUGCGGGGCCACCGAGGCCAGCCGCCGGCGCUCUUCAAGCCACAGUUAGUCCGGCUGCUGGGCACGGCUCAGCUGGUGCUGUUGCACGCAGUGCUGGCCCUGAAGGCGGCCUUCGGCGAGGCCCUGUUCACCACCCAGGACGAGGCCUUGCUGCUUCGCCGGCUCACCCUGGCCACCCAGCACCCGGCCCUGCCCUUGCCCACCUGCCUUUUCUACCUGCACUGUCUCCUGAACUUCCCCGAGAAUUGCCCACUAGGCACAGCCACCGAGGAGGCCCUCCCGGUGCUGCUGGGCCUCCCACAAUGCCGGGGCCUCCUGCCCAGCAUCCUGCAUGAGCCCCCGGCCCUCCUGGCCCGCCUGCAGCUGCUUUCCCUGCUCUGCAUCGAAGACGAGGACAGGGAGGAGAGCAGGGCCAGCAGCAGCCUCCAGCGCUACCUGGAAGGGUUGCUGGCCAGCCUGCAGCAGCGAGCAGCCCUGGAUGGGGCACCCCGGGCCUCAGCCACCCUGUGUUUCCAGGCCACCUACCUGGUAGUUCAGUGCCUGGCUGGGAAACCUGCAUUUUUGCCAGAGCUGACUCUGGGGCUGGCCCGGCUGUACCGAGCCCGACCCGCACUGGCACCCCACUUCGUGGACUUCUUGGAUAGGGUGGGCCCAGAGCUGAGGAAGCCACUGAGUCGGGCAUUAAGGCAGGAGGUGGUGACCGGGCCAGGCGGGCAUGAAGCCCUUGGUUGGCAUCUGCAGAUGUUAGCCAAGGUGGCAGAAGGCGAUGACCUGCGUGCCACACUUAAGUUCCUGUGGGCAGCUGUGGGCAACUGCAAGGACUGGGGGCUGCAGCAGGCUUUGUUGAGUGUCUGCCGUACCCUCCUGCGCACCGGGGCUGGUGGGGGUGGCCUGGCCGACCUGCUCCAGACGCUGGCUGGGCAACUGCAGGACCCGGAUGGCCGCGACCAUGCCCGCCUCUACUACAUUCUCCUGGCCCACCUGGCCGGGCCUAAGCUGGAGGUGGCGCUGGCCCCGUCGCUGGCCGCCCCAGCACUGGCCUCUUCCCUAGUGGCUGAGAACCAGGGCUUUGUGGCGGCCCUGAUGGUGCAGGAGGCAGAGCCCCCCAUUCGGUUGAGCCUGGGGCCCCACACGGUGGUUGGACCCCUCCCUGUGCUACAGCUACAAGUGGAGGUGCUGGAGCCUGUGUUCUCGGUGGAACUGCGCUUCCAAGCAGAAGGACAGAUCUACGGACCCCUGAAAGCUAUCCAUGUUCCCUGCCUGCAACCUGACUGCCCGGGCCCCCUCCUGCAGCUGCCCCUGCAGCCCAGAUACCCGGCACCCGCCCUGCUGGCUGGGCAAGCCCUUUACACCACGCCCGCAGGUCGCACCUGCCAUGCGUGCUUGCCCCCCCUGCCCGUGCCCUUCGCCCAACUCUUCCUGCCCUUUCCUCUGCCCGAGGAUGACACCAGGCCCGGCUUCUUCGAGGAGCUCUGGGACUCUUGCCUGCCGCAGGGGGCUGAGAGUCGCCUCUGGUGCCCACUUGGGCCCCUGGGGCUGGAGGCCUUGGUGUCCCGUCACCUGGAGCCCUUUGUGGUGGCGUCUCAGCCCCCCUCCAGCUACAGGGUGGCCAUCCGUCUACCCCCCACCUCGAGGCUCUUGCUGCGGCUAGAGGGGGCACAGGAAGGUGGGGUGCCUGUGGCUCUGCGCACAGAUGACUGGGCAGUGCUGCCCCUGGCAGGGGACUUCAUCCGGGGACUGUCCUCAGCGGGCUGA